AUGCCGACACAAGAGCCCGAACGCCAGGACGAGUCUUCUUCAGGAUCCGGCGCAAUUCCGUCGCGGUCCUCUAGCAGCGGAGGUGGAAGACGGCAAGGCGAAAGCGGACAAGACCAGCCGACUGAAUACACCGUCGGCAAUCUCUUCAAAAGCCGCGACGCGCCGUCAUUCUUUGGAUCAUCGUACUUCGGCCCUCAAGCAGCGGCAAAGAUUAUUCAGGCUCCGGCGCCUGAGCUCUCUUCGGGACUGUCCCAGAAAGCUCAGGCUAGCUCAACACACUCGUUCCGCGAUGAAGGCGGCCCGUUCUCUCAGAUAUGGGAGUUGCUUGGACUAUUGCCGAGAAGGAAGACGACAGUUGACAGGUUGACGGACUGCUUUCUGAAUGAACUCAACUGGGCUAUCGACGCCGUUCAGCCAACCUCGUUCAAGGCCAAAUAUGAGAACUUUUGGUCUAGGAAGUUUGGGUUCGAUGACUUCGCCACCAUUGACCUUAGAUGGCUGGCGUUACUAUUCAUUGUCAUGGCUUAUGGUAUUCUUCUUGACUGUCCAAAACCACGGAACAAAGAGAUUCAAAGGGAGGUUCAUGAGACUUCUCAAAGAUUCUACUGGGCUGCAAGGAGAGCCAUCGUCAUCGCCCCCACCUUCUAUGGCGAAUCUACGGAUCUCGUGAGAGCUGGAGUGUUGGUCACUCGCUAUCUCAUCUACACUCGUCGCGUCCCCGAGUCGUGGCUCACCACCAGCUUUGCAAUGCGCAUGGCCCAGGCGCAGGGGAUGCAUAUUGACGGCGAACGAUGGAGGCUGCCUAGGAAGGAGACAGAGACAAGGCGACGGUUGUGGAGCAACCUGUACAUGCUCGACAAGACCAUCGCCCUCGCCCUCGGCAGACCAUUUGCCAUUGUCGACCAGCAGUGCAUGGUCAAGCCCCCGUCUAACGUGUGGUUGGAUGAUUUGAAUGACGAAGAAGCGGCGAAUGUCACCGAAGCACCUCUGUCCGAGCCUACCCCAAGCGUGUUCAGUCGACUUGCUCAUGAGCUGGCUGUGGUAGUUGGAAAGAUCCAGGAACGAUGCUUCGGGCUGUUCACGGUAUCCUACGAGACGGUCUUGACGUUGGACAAAGAGAUCGAGACCUGGAGAGGCAGGUUGCCGCCAUAUUUCGAACUCGACGACCCCGAUACAUCAAAGGACGAGCGACUUCCUUUCCUACCAUGGCAACGACUUCACCUUCAUAGCAUGUAUCACUUUGCCCGAGUCACCCUUCACCGACCUUUUCUUUUGCGGCAAUCCAUCACCAAUCGAUACAAGCACAGUCACGAUGUCUGUAUCGCUUCAGCCUGCGCUGAUCUAGGCAUGGGCCUUAAAAUGUUUAGCCAACCUCUCAACGACAGGUUGAAAUGGAGUUUGGGCCCUCAUAAUCUCUUCAACAGCGCCUUGGUGCUCGGCAUCAUUGCCGUCAGAGAUCCUCAUUCUCGCAGGUCUCAGGCCAUCCUUGAAGACCUCGCUGCAUACUGCGAGAUGCAGCGAAACGACGUCUGGCUCAACGAGUUCGCCCUCGCUGAAGUCAAGAUAGUCGAGCUGUGCGUGAAGAAGGCAAGGCAAUCUCAACCACCGGCGCCUAAUCCCAUGGUACCCUUGGCUUUGGCAUCUCCAGCUGAGCGGCCUAUGGCAUCUGCUGGGCCCCAGAACGUGAUGACUACGCAACCCCAGUUACCGGUUGAGAGCCCUGACUUCGACCCCUUGCUCGUUGGCCUUGGGCUGCCGUAUAGCACCUCAAGUGCUCAGAUGACCUGGGAUGAUCCGGGGUUCUUCUUACCCGAGAGUGGAGACUUGUCGCAAUGGGAACAUGUCAUCAACACGAUUAUGCAUGAUCAAACGAAUAUUUAG